CAUUCCCAUCCCUCUUAUACUACGUAAUCAAGAUUACAUAGACACAAUGGCUUCAGCUCGUCAAGUCAACAUUGCCAUCAUCGGCGCCGGUGGAGUAGGAAAGUGCUUCCUCUCCCAGCUCGAGUCGCUGGCCGCUCGCCGCCAGAACCAGAAGCUGGUGCUCACCUACAUUGCCACCAGCAAGAAGGCCGUCUACAGCGACUCAUACUCGCCCAUCGCCCUCGACAGCGUCGUCUCGACCCUCUCCUCCUCGUCGCAGGCUCCCCUUGCCCUCCCUAAGCUCGUCGACUACCUCGCCGCCUCGGGCACCAAGACGGUCCUCGUCGACAACACCAGCUCCCAGGACAUCGCCGAUGCCUACCCCAGCUUCCUUCGCCGCGGCAUCAGCAUCGUGACGCCUAACAAGAAGGCCUUCUCGGGCUCGUACAAGUUGUGGCAGGACAUCUUCGCCGCCAAGGAGGAGGGUGGUUCUUUGCUGUACCAUGAGGCCUCGUGCGGUGCCGGCCUGCCCGUCAUCUCCACCAUCAAGGACCUGGUUGAGACGGGCGACGAGGUGACCAAGAUCGAGGGCGUCUUCAGCGGCACCAUGUCCUUCCUGUUCAAUUCGUUCGCUCCGACAUCGGGCUCGGGCGGCGGCAAGUGGUCCACCGAGGUGGCCAAGGCCAAGGAGCUGGGCUACACGGAGCCCGACCCGCGCGAUGACCUCAACGGUCUCGAUGUUGCGCGCAAGCUGACCAUCCUCGCCCGCUACGCUGGCCUCGAGGUCGAAUCGCCCACGUCCUUCCCCGUGCAGAGCCUGAUCCCCAAGCAGCUCGAGUCGGUCGCCAGCGGCGACGAGUUCCUCGCCCGCCUGCCCGAGUUCGAUGCCGAGAUGGAGGAGGUCAAGGCCGAGGCGCAGAAGGAGGGCAAGGUUGUCCGCUUCGUCGGCAGCAUCGACGUGGCCAGCAAGCAGGUCAAGGUCGGGCUGGAGAAGUUUGACCUCUCUCACCCCAUCGCGGCCCUCAAGGGCAGUGACAACAUCAUUAGCUUCUACACUAAGCGGUAUGGAAGCAACCCCCUCAUCAUCCAGGGUGCCGGCGCCGGAGGUGACGUAACCGCCAUGGGCGUCACCAGCGAUCUCCUCAAGGUGCUUGCUCAGCUAUAAACCGGCGCUUGUCCCCAUAGCGUCCGCAGUGUAAUGAUCAAUAGAUAACGAUUUUUUUUUCUCGGCUCUUGUUGCGCUGUUCUGUAAACCAUUUCGUUUGAUAGCACCACUUGUUACUCUUUCCAUGCCUGCGCCCAUGUUUCAUCCAUCAUGAUCGCGAUCUCACUCCUUCCUGUGUGACCUUGACAUCUCCACCAUCCCCUCCUUUCCUCAGAACAAUCGGCGUUGAACCGUU